CGCGCCCUCGCUGCCUGGAGUCCCGGCGCUCGAGCCAGUCGCGUGCGGAGGCUGCAUGUAGCUCCAAGCUGUAGCGAGAAGCAAAGAGCAAUGAUGAUAAAGGUCCUGAUAUGUGUUGUUGUUGUAGCCUUCCUGCAAAUAGAAGGCAGGCAACGGGCGACGUCGGACAGCGGCAAUUUUCUGGAUGAUAAACAAUGGCUGACUACUAUCUCGCAGUAUGACAAGGAGCCGGGACACUGGAAUAAAUUCCGAGACGAAGUUGAGGAUGAUUAUUUCAGAAGCUGGAACACUGGCAGACAUUCGGAUCCAGGGCUUGAUUCUACCAAAGAUCCAUGCCUAAAUGUGAAAUGUAGUAGACACAAAGUAUGCAUCGCACAAGACAACCAUAGAGUGGUCUGCAUUAGCCAUAGACGGCUAACACACAGGUAA